CGUGUGCGUCAGCUCACGUUUGUGCGCGGGUUCGAAUCUCCGCCGCUUCGCGGUUACUCUCCAACGUCCGGUAGCACCCUCGGCGGCGAAGGCUGUGCCCACCGGCUGUAGGCAGCCCAGUUGCCACCCCACUCCGGGUUUCCUGCCCACCUUCCUGCCUCGGCCUCGCCCCAACUAAGUGCUCUCCUUCUCGCGCGCCCUGACCCCGCCCUCCACAGCUAUCUGCGCUCGGCCUCCCGUCCUGGGCGGCUUCCGCCCGAGCCUCCCAGGCCCAUGGCCAAGCGGCGUGCGGCCGAGCCGCUAACGUUCCACGUGCCUUGGAAGCGGCCCCUAGUCUGCAACUUUCCGGAGGAGCCGCCGCCGCUCUGGAUCCCACGGGCGGCGGAAUCGCAUCCCGGGCAGCACCUCGGCGUCCCGGAGCUGCCCCGAAAGCGCAAAAUCGACGCUGGGGCUAUGACUGAGCCUUCGGGUUCGCCCAGCAAGCGCCACGAUUGUGGGGAGACCAACGCUCGGGACAGCGUGGAGCGUGAGGGCAGUGGCUUGGAGACCGGCGAGCCCUCGCUGCUGCAGCAGCCGCCCCUGCGGCCCAACGGGCCGGGGGAGGAGCCCGGGGGCGCCCGGCCCCCGAGGGGCGGUGGCGACGACGGGGCGGGGCGCGCAGAGUCCCCGCGGGGAGACUGGGGGGCCUCGUCGCGCCAGCUCAAUGAAGAAUUCUGGCAGUAUAACACCUUCCAGUACUGGAGGAAUCCUUUACCACCGAUUGAUCUGGCAGACAUCGAAGAUGUAAAUGCAGACAACCUUACAGGAGCAAGGCUGCAGGACAAGGAUGAAGUGGUUGAAAUUGACAUGGAGUCCUGACGGAGGAGCUGCAGAAAUAGGCUUUUCUGAAUUUGAGAAGACAUCUCUAAAUUAAUUUAUGUAUUCCCAAGGAAAAAAGUUAUUUUCCAUACUUUAUGUGAUUUCUUCCCAAACCUGAAAAAUGAGGAAAGAUUGUUUUAAAGAUCGAUGCCUGCAGUCACCAUGGAAUCUCUCAAUAGGAUUUGUCAGUGGUAUAGUGCAUUUACAGGGGAAGUGUUUUAUGUAUGCGUUCUUAAAGAAAAAUGUGUGCUUAGAUUCUAAAUUUGAAGAUGCCAACCUUAUAAAAAGGAAUUCUAACAGUUUUAGAAAUAGGUAAAAACAUUCAGUCCUCUCUGCAACAAAUUGUCAAUUUGUGGUACAUGAAAUGAAUGUUGUUUUAUAAAAACAAAAUGAUAUUUAAUAUACUUUAUUGACUCUUCUGAGUUGAACAACUAGCUGACAAACAUCUAUGCAAACUUAAACUGUGGGGAAUUCUUUCUGAAAGCUGGUAUUACAGAACUUUCUAAAAAAGUAAAAAUUAAAAGCUUUCUAAAUGUAAAGUGAGGAUUUUAAUGUGGGUACAAUUUUGGGCUAUCAAAAAUGGAUAAACAACAAUGAGAAAUGAGUAGGUGCUUUCCCUCUUAGAUGAGAGGAGAGAAGUUUAUUGUAUUUCUUUUUAAAAACUUUUUUUUUUGGUUCUGAAUUGCCUUGAGGAUGUGGUUUUUAUUACUUAUUACUGUAGACUGGUAGUUCUCAACACUGGCAACACCUCACAGAUCUUUGCCUGGACCCUUUCUCAUUUAAUUGUUCUAAUGUGGACCUUAAAUAGAGCUAUUUCUGUAAGCACCAACCAUCCUCUCCGCCCACGCCCUUCCCAUUUCCCUAAUGUGCAGACAGGUUUGAGGACCACUAGACUAAUGGUAGUUUUUCCUAUUUAAAGGAGAUAACUGAUUUGGACUGAAACAAUGCCUAUUAGUUAGCUUUGUUUUUAUUUUACCCUGUUGAUGGCUUUGUUACAACUAAAUUAUUGCAUAGUUAUUAUUUCAUUGUUAAAUAAAGUAAGCAGUUUGUGUUGAGUUAUAUGAGUAUCAAUGAUUAAGUUAAUUGUUUCUAGAAUGUUGGCUUUGUAAUUGAUUAACUUGUGUAUUUUUUGUUGUUAAUGAUAUUAGAUUCAAAAUUCAGGAAGUGUGAUAAAUGCCAAUGAGGGGAAAGAAUGCUUUGUAUGUACUAUAGGAUUUAAACAUGGGUUGACAAUAAGAGUAUUCUAGAACAGAAGGCAAACUGCAUAGUAUUGUGGUUAAGAGUUAAGGCUUUGGAGUUAGAUGUGGUUCAAAGUCUUGUACUGCCACUUUCUACCUGUGUGACAUUAUCUCCAAGUCCCAGAUUCCUCUGUUGUAAAAUAAGAAACAAUAAAUAGUAUCUACCUCA